GAUAGCCACAAUCCUAAAAAGAAAAGAUGAAAAAAUUGGCAAGAAUGUGGAAUGUGGAAUGCAUGGUGAUACAAAUUGUGUUAAAGAGGAAGAGUCCCUGACAGCUCAUCCUAUUCGUCCACAGUUAACACCCUUCCAAUUUUGUCGCUCUCUCUUUCUCUCUCUCUUUUCUACCUUUGCUUUAUCUAUUUCUCUUGCACAAUAUCAGGUGCCUCUCCUCGACCGAUCGAAAAACACACACAGAGACAGGGGUAGCAAUUGCAAUUGCAAUCAAACACUCAUGAUGGGUCAGUUACAGGAGAAGCUUUUGUCUUUGUACAAGAGUAGAUGGCUUGUGUUUGUGGCAGCAAUGUGGUUGCAAUCAUGGGCAGGUAUUGGGUACCUGUUUGGGAGCAUAUCACCUGUCAUAAAGAGUUCCCUUAACUAUAACCAGAAGCAACUUGCUGUGUUGGGUGUUGCCAAGGACCUUGGUGACUGUGUUGGCUUCCUCACUGGCGUGUUAUGUGAGAUUUUGCCUAUCUGGGGCGCUCUCCUUGUUGGUGCUUCUUUGAACCUUGUUGGCUAUGGUUGGGUCUGGUUGGUUGUUACUUAUCGAGUUCCAACUCUCCCUUUAUGGGCUAUGUGUAUUCUUAUAUUUGUGGGAACAAAUGGUGAGACCUACUUCAACACAGUUUCUCUAGUGUCCUGUGUGCAAAAUUUCCCCAAAAGCCGGGGUCCUGUGGUUGGAAUUCUAAAGGGAUUUGCUGGGUUGAGUGGUGCAAUAUUGACACAAAUAUAUGCAUUGCUCCAUUCCCCUGAUCAUGCAUCAUUACUAUUUAUGGUUGCUGUUGGUCCGGCAUUGGUUGCAAUAGGUCUUAUGUUCCUUGUUAGACCUGUUGGGGGCCACAAACAAGUCAGGCCAUCAGAUGGCAAAUGCUUCACAUUUGUCUAUGGUGUGUGCCUCCUAUUGGCUGCUUAUUUGUUUGGAGUCAUGGUUGUCCAAGAUCUAAUUGAAGUGAAUGAAACUGUCGUCACUAUAUUCACAGGGAUUCUCUUGUUGAUCCUAAUUGUCCCAAUUAUUAUUCCCAUUUCGUUGACUUUUGAUCCAGAGCAUAAGCAUGCCGAGGAAGAGGUACUUCUUCCAGGAACACAGAAUAAAGAACCAGGGAAAUCUCAUCUUGAUAGUGAUGAAGUAAUAUUAAGUGAAGUGGAAGAUGAGAAGCCUAAGGAAGUGGAUUUGCUUCCUGCAUCGGAGAGGCAGAAACGUAUAGCACAUUUGCAAUCAAGACUGCUCCAAGCAGCUGCAGAAGGCGCAGUGAGGGUAAAGAGGAGGAGAGGACCACAUAGAGGGGAAGAUUUUACCUUGACACAAGCGUUGAUUAAAGCGGAUUUUUGGCUCCUUUUCAUUUCCAUGGUCUUGGGUUCUGGAUCUGGGUUGACUGUAAUUGAUAAUCUUGGUCAGAUGAGCCAAUCUCUAGGUUAUGACAAUGCACAUAUAUUUGUUUCAAUGAUCAGUAUUUGGAACUUUCUUGGCCGUGUUGGAGGGGGUUACAUAUCUGAGCUUGUUGUAAGGGAUCAUGUGUAUCCAAGACCAACUGCAUUGGCUGUAUUUCAACUUGUUAUGACUAUUGGGCAUCUUUUCAUUGGUAUGGGAUGGCCAGGGUCAAUGUAUGUUGGCACUUUACUCGUUGGACUUGGUUACGGGGCUCACUGGGCAAUUGUUCCAGCUACUGCUUCUGAGUUGUUUGGUUUGAGAAACUUUGGUGCAUUGUACAAUUUCAUCACUCUGGCAAACCCUGUGGGAACUCUAGUCUUCUCUAGUCUCAUUGCCAGCACAAUCUAUGAUUCUGAAGCUGAGAAACAAGCUCACAAUGGUCGUCACCAUCCCCUGAAUAUAGGAUCAAUGAUGUUGCGUUUGCAGGAUGUUAAUGAGUCUCUAAAGUGUGAGGGUAGCAUAUGCUUUUUCUUAACUUCAAUUAUCAUGGCAGGUUUCUGCAUUGUUGCAGCUGGCCUAUGCAUGGUUCUGGUAUUCAGAACUAGGAUUGUUUAUGCCAACCUAUAUGGAAAAUCUUCUACUAGUAGGCUUCGAUAAUCAAAGAAAUUGAACUACGUGUUUCGGUGUCCUUAUACUUUAGAAAUUACUAUUGUUGAUUUGGAUUCAAGAUUGAAGAUGCAGCCAAGUAUCUGAAGCUGUCAUUAGCGUGGAAAAUCGAAGAAGGGACAAUUUUACACAAAACUAAUGGGGAAAAAAAUGUUUUGUCAACUAGCUGCAACCACAUAGUUAUGUGUAUUAUUUUCCAACUCUUUCGGUGCUAUGUUUUUUUCCUUUUACAACUAAAAAGAAAAGUGUGUUUUGUCAACAAGCUGUUACCAUGUAGUUAUGUGUAUUCUUUUCCUAAAAAUUUUGUUUCAUAUUCUUCAUUUGCAUGUAAACGUUUGAUUGGCACAAAAUCUUGAUAGUAGUUGUUUUCUACCCUUAUUCUAUCAGAAAAGUCGCAAAAUAUUCCACUUGU